GCGCGGCCCGCCCCCAUCGCCGUCGCCCGCGGCCUCCGCCGCCGCCGCCGGCGGUGUCUCGCUCGACGCGCUGCCGCACGUCAUUGAGCAGGUUUGCCUCGCGAUGGGCGGCGGCGGCGGAGGCCUCGACCUUGCUGCGCUGCGCGCCGAGAUUCAGCGGCAGCAGCAGCUCGCGUGCGCGCAAGGAGGCGAUGCGCCGCUCGAGAUUGCGCCGCUCGUCGCUUCCGCCCUCGCUGCGGCGAAGCGGGCCUCGCCGACCGACAGUUUGCUUGCUCCCACCUUGCCGCUCGCGUCGCAGAUUGCCCCGGCGCCUCCUCCACCUCCACCUCCUCCACCUCCUCCACCGCCGCCGCCGCCGCCGCCGCCUGCUGCCCCCGCUCCUCGCUCCGCCCUCCCGCGGCCGACCGGCCGGACUCCGCUCGCGCCGGUCACGCCAAACAGCCAGUCCUCGGGGGCCGGCGCAGCGGUGCCCAAGGCAGCUGAUCUGCAGGCCCGGCUCAAGAGGCUGCAGCCGGUCGCGCAGCGCGGAGUGGCGGCGGGGGAGCGGCCGGCGGCGGGGAGAGAGGGCGGGCUUCAGCACGCGGUGGAGCAAGCGAUGGCUCGGCGGCGCGCCGCUUGGCGCGAGGAUGACACGAGCGAGUGGCGGUAGCGGGGCGGCAUCACUGAUCACUCUCCUUUCUCCCCCGCCGGGCUUGUCGCUCGGCGGAGGGGCGGGCAGUCGCGCUGCAGCUUACGUGCUGCGCAGGAGGGGAGAGCGCUCGGUGAUGGCGGGCGAAGAUUGCAGCAGGGUUGCAGGCGGUUCCCCGAGCCCGUGUCUCUGCGUGGACCGCCGAACACCCCAACGAUCGCGCACA